AUGGCAGACAACUACAUAAAGUCGCGCGAAACUCGACCUCAUCUGAUCCAAAGUCUCUUGGCAGCCCUCCCUCCAUUGGACCCGUCACUCGAGGAGUUUCGCGACGUCGCAACACUCCCAGAUGGCUACAAAAUCGACCUCCAAGUUGUCCGUCAUCGAGGCGUAGACGAAGCUCACGGCGGCAAACCUCUCAUCCUCCUCUGGUCCGGUGGCGGCUUCCUCGUCGCUGGCGUGGAACCCGUAACCCGACCCGCUCGCGAAUUCGCUUUGGAGUUCGACGCCGUCGUCGUCAACGCGACCUACAGGCUAGCCCCCGAGAACAAGUUUCCCCAGUCCGUGAAAGACGGCUGGGAGACCGCGAAGUGGCUUGCGAAGAACGCCGGCCGCUAUGGCGCAGACAUCACCAAGGGCUUCGUUGUUGGUGGAUUCUCUGCCGGCGGAAACAUCGCUGCAGUCGUUUCCCAGCGGUCUGGCGUGGAAGGCCUCGGUAUCACCGGCGCGUUUAUUGGGAUUCCGGUCUUGUUUGUCAAGGAAAUCGUCCCUGAGAAGUACGCCGCGGAGUGGACGUCUCGGGAAGACAAUGCUACGUGGAACCCCAAUUUCACUACUGCGCUCAUCGAAGACGUACACAAAGUGUUGGAACCGGAUGUGAAGUCACUGUGGUACUCUCCGAUCAACGAUCCGGAGGCACUCCCGAAGACGUCAAAGGCCUAUAUCCAAGUUGGCGACAAAGAUCCGCUCAGAGAUGAUGGUUUGAUCUACGCCAAGGUUCUGAGAGAUAAUGGAGUGGAAGCGAGAGUUGACAAGUACGAGAACUGGGGACAUCAAGGCUGGUCUAUUUUCGCGCCGAAGGAAAUCCCAGCAGAGUUGCCGUCCGACACGAUGAAGGGAAUGAAAUGGCUUUUGGGCAGAGAGUAG